CAGCCAGCUGUCAACACCAGUGGGCACUGCCGCCACCUGUCCAGCAGCUGGUCAUCAGCCCCCAAAUCUCACCCACACCCAAGACAUCCACUUGAAACGCACACCAGCGUUCAGCUCCCGCACAGCCAGAAUGAUGCUGAAGCUGCGCAAUGCGACGUUGUGAUGCCUGUCAGCAGAACGCUCCCACUCUGUCCCACCGCUAAAUGCCACCUUCGAUCAGCCCUGCCAACCCGCGACAUAGCUUUGCCACCAGACACGCGGCGCACACACUACACUAUAUUGGUUGCCUGGAAACUACAGUUGCACUGCCUGAAGAUCACUCGUAAGACACACAAACCAGGCGCGCACGUUGGAUCCAAGACACUUUUCCAGCCAAACCCGCCCGCGCUAAUCGGUAGCCAUCAAGCCUCCCGCGGCGGAUGACUCCCGUAUUGCUCACAUCGCCUCCUGCAGCUCACCUGACUACAUGACGACACAGGCAUACUCUUCGACUCGCUUCACUAUUGCUUGCUCCCUGCUGUGCUGCCGGUAGCUAUCUUUGAUUAAAAAUAACAGCUUGUCUCAACUGCUGUGGAUCGCACCGUCUUUCCUACCUUGGCUAUUUAUCGACAAACGCUUCUUAUAGUACAGCCAAAGACUGUACCAUAGCUACUCUUCACUAUACUACACUAGCCACCCAUCACUAUCAAUCAAACAACUUUACUAUUCUGUAACACAGAUUAUACGCUCAGAUCGUGCUGCAACAGCCAUGGACGCACAGUUUGCGGCCAUCGUGGCUGAUGCAGCCAAGCAAUAUAAACUGUCCACAAGUUCAAAGAAAGGAGUCCUGCUCGACGACUUUACCCUCAACCCGCCGCUCAAGACAGUUGACCAGCUCAUCGCCAUUAUCGACAAACAGAAUGAGCAGUUCAGCAACUUUAGAGAGAAGCGACAUGGCCUGUUCAAAGCCUUGACCUUGGCCAUGAAGCCGAUCGAAGUCGUCGGUGAGGCAGCCUGCGGCCCAGCUUCAGAAGUGUUCGCGCCAUCCGCACACGUCCUCGCAGCGGUCAUGUACAUGGUCCGCGCUGCAGAGAACGUGAGCAAGAUGUACGACUCUAUCGAGGAACUUUUUGGCCAAUUAAAGGAUUUCACUGGCCGACUAAAUGUAUAUGCGAAGCAUGCAAUGUCCGACACGCUGCGGCAGAAGCUUGUUACCAUCUUGGCCACGGUUUUCCAAAUUAUCAUCAUCGCGACUCAGGAAGUCCGACAGGGUCGUUUAAAAUCAUACUUUAAACGCCUGUUAGGGUCAGGUAGCCCUGUUGAUCCAGCAAUGGAGAAGCUGCGGAUACUCACCCUCGGAGAAGAACGUCAGGUCAUCGCUGAAACCUACGGAGGCGUCGCCGACAUCAACGACAAGACCGACCGAGUCGAGGAUUUAGUCAUUGCUGUCAAUGAAAACCUACAAAAUCUCAACCUUGACCACCUCGGCCAGCUUGAUAUUGAACGACGAGAUCGCUUGCGAAAUAUCCUCCAACCGUCGCCAUUCCCCAAGGACUUUUAUACAGCCUUUGAGCGCUCUCGGGUUGCGGGAACUGGAGAUUGGUUGUUAAAAGAUGAAAGCUUACAGGCAUGGCUUCGAGGUGAUAAGCCCUUCCUGUGGAUGAACGGCAGUCCAGGCACGGGCAAAUCGUUCCUGACUUCGCACAUUAUUACACAUUGUCUCGAAACCAUGCCACGCUUGGCAUACUUUUUCUUCCGUGACACUGGUCCCGAAACCCGCUCCUGCGUACAAGCACUGCGCGACCUUGCUUACCAAAUGAGCGAAGCAGAUGCUAGCUACGGAAAGGCGCUCAUGAACAGUCUCUAUAGCAGUGAUGACAUCCGUACUGUACCUAGCGCCUUCCGCAGACUCUUCAUCGAACCUCAUCAGAUGGAGAAUUGCCUUCAGCCAACAUUCAUCUUUUUGGACGGAAUUGAUGAAGCAGAUGCCGAUGAAAUGUCUCAGCUACUCUUCCAAAUGGGACCUGAGGAAGAGGAUUUUGCGGCUGGACCAAGAUGCUCAGCUCUACGCCUUGCACUAGUUGGACGUUCAUACAUGACGGAAACUAUCACGCAAGCCUUGGAUCGAGAUUCUAGUGGCGACCUACUUUUGACUAUACAAAUUACUCCGGAUCGCAGUGCUGACGACGUUUCCGCGUACAUUGCUCGCGGUAUUCUGCAGUCACGCAUUCUCAAUCAAACGACCAACGAAUUCAAGGACAAAGUGGUCCACUUAAUGGAAGCUCAAGUCGAUGGGCUCUUUAUCCUUGCGAAGUUUAUGUUGGCCGAAGUCAACCGCAAACGCCACCCACGAUCUAUUCUGAAGAGUCUUGAGACGUAUCCCAAAGAAAUCAACGGCAUGCUGGAGAAGACAUUGGAAAGUCUGUCGGCAGCGAUUUCGGAAGAGGAAGCAGAGGAUCUAAACGAAAUGUUACGUUGGAUCAUUUGCGCUGAGCAGGCUCUUACACUGGAACAAUUGGAGGCCGCGUUGAUCUUGUUCUUUGGUGACCCGCCAUUCCGACUAGAGGAGACACUGAGAGGGCAAUACUCAUGCUUUUUCGAACUGGAGCGUGAAGAUGGUAUGACGACCGACGACCUCAUCAAGGACUACGAACGCAGGCAACGAGAACUGAGACGUACUGGUACUGCCUUCUCGCGGAUCAGUCCCACUGGCCGGAUCAGUGUCGACGAAUCUGCCAUCUCUGAUCGUGGCCUCAGUCCGCUAAGGCAUACUGCCACUGCUGGUGGUCGCAAAUCCAGUGUAUCUAGCGUAUCAACACUACGAGAAAGGCGUGGAUCCGGAUCACCUGCAAGCCCAGCCAGAAGCAUUGACCCUGUGAUCACUGGAAGUGAGAUGGAGUUCCGAUCGAAAAAGUCUACUACAGUCGUCACAUUCUUCCAUACCACUGUUCGCGAAUUCUUUUUGAAUCUCAAGUCGGCUCAGGCUGAGCAUCAUCUCAUUUCAAGAAUCAAAUUCGAUCCCGUUGAAGCACGCCUCCACGUUGUCAAGACUUGUCUGCGCAUCUUCACAGAUGAAAAGUGGUUUCAGAGCUACAAUCUCGGAUCAGGUAGAAAGGCCAUCAAGCAGUACGCAGCUUGGUACUGGCAAGAACACAUGGCUUGCCUGGACCCGACCUUGGUUUCUGUUGAAGAGAAACGCAACCUUGGUGUAAUGAUAUACCGAAUGCUUAACGAUGAGGCCACUAUUGUUGACUGGACAUCAAUGUACCAGAAGAACGACGAGGGUCUUGAUGUUCUCAUGGAACGCAAUCUCCGAGCUCUACUACGCUGGUUCCAAGACCAAGAUGUUGUGGCCGGGCUCUCCCCUCAAGGACAAGCGUUUGCGGCAGAGCUCAAGGUAAACCCGUCCAUGUUAUGCGAGGCUAUCGGCCGAUACUAUGCCAGAUGCUGGGUUGCAGAAGAUUGUCAAGUAUAUAUUCCCACGAUGUUCUGCUUCGACAUUGUUCAGAGUGUGGCCUUGCGUCAAGCAGGGUACAUGUGGGAAGAUGAAGAAAACCACUGGCUCGAGAUUGACCUCGAUGAGAGGAUGUUGAAAGCUAUUGCGUGGACCAACUGCAAAGAGUCUGGACAUUUGAACCGCCGCGUUGGCAGCACGUACCUCGCCCUCGGCAAACACGAAAAGGCCCUCAAGUAUUAUGAGAAGGCCCUGGCAAUGGAUGACGACAAGCAGCAAACGCUUGGUAGAAUUUCAUGGUGCCUGUAUCAGGACGAGCGAUACUAUGAGGCCCUUGCACCUGCGCUUGACUGUGUCCGGCUAGAAGAGGCUUGCCAGGCUGAAGGCAAAUACACUGGUGCAGCACUUGACCGGAGCAAAUGGCGCCUGUACAAGGAUUACUACCUCGCUGCCCAAUGCUACUACUCGACAUAUCAGACAGAGCUCGCCAUGGAAUACUUUAUGCGUGCAAUCAAGGCAAGCACUUGCGUUACACUCAACGAGUGGGAAAGAUUUGAGGCUGAAAUUUCGUACUUGGAAGCUUUGUCAGACGAAAGUCGUUACGCUGAGAUGAUGAAGCUUCUACACGACAUGUCUCUGCAGCUUACGAAUAAGACCCAGGGUCAAAACCGUCUAGUUGAGCUGGUUCUGAAUCAGAACAACAAGCGACUUGUCAUUGACCGUAUCCCAAAGGCCGCCAGUAAGACUGGCGAAGCUGAUUUUAUCCUCAGGACGCUAGAACAAGCCAUAUCUGCUGCUCACGACAUCCGCGAGCCUGUUGUGAUUCUAUACCUGCGGUUGGCUUACGGUAUUGUCUGCUCAUACAGCUACAAGAUUGAGAGUGCAAUUUCCGUCUUUGAACAAAUUAGCCUCGUCGAGUACCGGGCCCGUGGCAACUUUGUCACACGGCAAGGACAUGCGAUUUCAUUCCAACGGCUUGCCCAUUUGUAUAAACUGCAACUUCUGCGUGAAGGUCUUUCGUCACCCGUAGCACUCGACUGGAUCGAGAGGCUCGAAGUUGUCAUGAAGAAGCAGGAUGAGCAACGCUUUUUGGAGACACCAGCGAGUAUCCAAGGAUCCGACAUUAACACGGCAGCACUGUAUCUUGGCCUUUUCUACAGACUGCUCGGCAGACACGACGAAUCACGCGAGAUCCUGAGCAUCCUCAUCGUCGAAAACCUCGCUCUCCUGUCCGACCCCGAGCCGCUCAACGACGAAUUCGCCAUCGAUAACCUGCUGUGGCUGCUUCUAGCCGCUGGCGAUGUGGAGAAGGCAAGGUGUCUCGCGCAGUCGAUGCGCAACGUCAACCCGAAUGUCAGCAUGCAGUCAACACAGAGCGAAUCUCCCGUGUUGGAGCGACCAGAACCGAAGCUGAUGAACAUUCUGUCGACAGACAGAUGCUGCGCGCAGUGUCUAGAGAAUAUCCCCUCGACAGAUGACUUUCGAAUAUGUGUGCUGUGCAUGGAGUCGUUUUGCGAAAAGUGCAUCACGACGAUCAUUUGCGUGGAUGGUAACAGCACAGCCGAUCAUAAGGACGGAGUGCAGUGUAGACAGGAUCACGAUUGGUUUACUGUUCCCACGUUGAAUAGGAACCUUCACACAGGGCAGAUUAUGGGCGUGGAUGGACGGGUUCGUGAGUUUGAGACGUGGACGGAGGAGGUUAGGGCUGCUUGGACAUAGUUUUUGUGAUUUCAUGUAGAAGCUAUAUACAAUUAAAGUUUGUCAAAC